AUCAAGCACGGGAAUCAAAAAUAGCACAUACCUGCCUGCAAAAUGCAGCAGGAUCAACUUACAGGCGCUGGCAGUUAUCCAAAGAAUGCUGUUACAGAAGCGCUCCGGCACAGCUGGGAUGAUAAUGAAAAAUAGCAGCCCAGAAUAAUGAAGCUUAAAUACAAAGUGAAUAAGAAUGUCAAUAGUCACAGUCCAGCUUGGUCAGUGUGGUAAUCAGAUUGGUCAUGAGGUGUUCAAUGCUAUCUGCAGUGACGUCCAUGGCACACAUGGGUUGUGUUCCAAGAAGGAGAAUGAAUCCUACCAUGAUGCUUGCAAAGAACGCUUUUUCAGUGAGGAGGAGUCUGAAGUACCUGUUGCCCGGGCUGUGCUUGUUGACAUGGAACCUAAAGUAAUCAGCCAAACCUUAUCGAUAGCUGCCAGGUCUGGCUACUGGAAAUACGAUGAUCGGUCGCACUUCUGUCAGAAGCAAGGGUCUGGGAACAACUGGGCCAAUGGUUACUCUGUUCACGGGCCUAGACACAAAGAAGUAAUAAUGAAUCUGGUACAAAAAGAAGCAGAGAAAUGCGAUCGACUCGGUGGAUUUUUCACAAUAAUGAGCAUGGCUGGUGGUACAGGAUCUGGCUUGGGAGCAUUUGUGACCCAGUGUUUAAGAGAUGCUUUUCCAACCUCAUUUAUACUAAACCAUGUUAUCUGGCCUUACGGCACUGGUGAGGUCAUUGUUCAAAACUACAACUCUGUUUUGACUCUGUCACAUCUGUACCGGUCAUCAGAUGCCCUUCUUGUUCAUGAAAAUGAUGUCAUCCACAAGAUCUGUGCUCAGCUGAUGAAAAUUAAACAGAUCUCUUUCAGGGAUGUAAAUCAAGUCAUUGCACAUCAGCUGGGGAGUGUUUUCCAGCCCACUUACACAGCAGAAGGUGGCUUACACUAUAGCAGAAACCCAUUAGGAGACUUAAUGGAGACGUUAGUUCCACAUCCCGAAUUCAAGAUGUUGGGUCUUCGUAACAUACCUCAGAUGCCUGAAAAUUCCCUCCCUUAUAGCACAUUCAGUUGGCCUGGACUCAUCAAACAUUUAAGGCAGAUGCUCAUUGCUAAUGCUAAAAUGGAGGAAGGUAUUGAUUGGCAAGUACGACCACCGCAGCUAGGCUCUUCCAUCCCCUCCAGUCAUUCCACAAACAAGCCGAUGCAUUUCAAUACUUCCAUUGCCAACCUGGUUAUCCUGCGAGGAAAAGAUAUGCACAACGUAGACUUAGGAAGUUUCCGAGAUCCCUCAUUAUAUACAUCAUGGCUAAACCCUCAGGAUGCUUUUAAUGCGUGGAAAACUUGGAAUAUGUUUGCUUCCAAAGCCUAUAUUCACCAGUACACUAAAUUCGGAAUCGAAGAGGAAGAUUUCCUGGACAGCUUCACAGCUCUGGAACAAGUUAUCUCCAGUUACACCAUCCUUUGAUUUUUUUUUUUUAAAUCAUCUGAAAUAGAGCUUUCCUGAAAGAACCCAGCGCUGGAAAACCUUCCAUCAACUUCCUGAACUAUAUAAAUUACUGGACUGUAGCUGUUUUUCAGUCUUGUAAGCAGUGUGUGUGUGUUAGAAUAGUAAGAACUGAAUCAGAACUGAAUGUAUUCAUAUGGGCAGGUAUUAUUCAUAUUUAAUAUAUUUAAUAAAUAGCUAUUUUUCAGUACACUUGCUAUGUGCUGUAGCUAAGCCUUUGAACGUCAUUUUUGGCACUUAGACAUUCUUUAUGAAAAAUAUCCAUACAGAAGGAUUUUUCUCCAGGCUAAACUCUCAGCAUCUAAACUGUCGUGAACUAAUGUGUGAUAAA